CCCAACUCCCCAUAUAUAUACCCCCAUUCUCUCUCUAUCCUUCUCCAUUCAAAAUUCACAGCCUCCAUACCUGUCUGCUUUCCACAAUGGCACUUCCUAAUCAACAAACUGUGGAUUAUCCAAGCUUCAAGCUCGUGAUCGUUGGUGAUGGCGGCACUGGAAAAACGACAUUCGUGAAACGACAUCUUACGGGAGAGUUUGAGAAGAAAUACGAACCUACGAUUGGUGUUGAAGUUCAUCCACUGGAUUUCUUCACCAACUGUGGGAAGAUAAGGUUUUACUGUUGGGAUACUGCUGGGCAAGAGAAAUUUGGUGGACUCAGAGAUGGUUAUUAUAUCCAUGGGCAAUGUGCCAUCAUAAUGUUUGAUGUCACUGCACGUUUGACCUACAAGAAUGUUCCUACAUGGCACCGGGAUCUCUGCAGGGUUUGCGAGAAUAUCCCAAUUGUUUUGUGUGGAAACAAGGUUGAUGUAAAGAACAGGCAGGUCAAAGCAAAGCAGGUCACAUUCCAUAGAAAGAAGAAUCUUCAGUACUAUGAGAUUUCUGCAAAGAGCAACUACAACUUUGAGAAACCUUUCCUAUAUCUUGCUAGAAAACUUGCUGGGGAUCCUAAUCUUCACUUUGUUGAAUCUCCUGCUCUUGCUCCUCCAGAAGUUCAAAUUGACAUUGCUGCACAACAAUUGCAUGAAGCUGAACUGCGGGAUGCUGCUGCUCAGCCCCUUCCUGAUGACGAUGAUGAUGCAUUUGACUAAGUGACUUUUCCAUUUUAUUCAAUUUGACACAGGAGUUUGCUUGUGAUGAUAUUCUCCCACAAUUAAUGCUUUCAUUUGUUUGUCACUUUUUGUGGAUCAGAUGGGGUUUCAAUGGCUAAAACUGUGUUGUAUUUCCUACAUAUUCCUAUGUGGCUUUACGUAUUGAUACAUAUAUAUAUAUAUAUAUAUAUCUCGUGAUAUUUGUCACUAA